AUGAAUAGCGACCUUCCAGAGGAGAUUGCAGAGGCCGCGAUGGAUGGAGAGUUUCAAUUAGUCAAAGCUUGGCUCGCGGGCGGCAGCGCGUCUGCACCGCGCUCGGUCAACUCUAGUGAUGGUGCCGAUUGGACGCUUCUUCAUUGGACCGUGGUGGGCGACCUGACCCCGGAGCACGUCGAGUUUGCGCGCCACCUCAUAUCACAAGGCGCGCGGGUCAACGCUACGGCAGAAAGAUUUGAUGGAUCGACCGCGCUCCAUUUUGCAUGUGGUUUUAUCAGGGGCGAAGCCACGGCAGCCAUGGUUUCUAUGCUCGUCGCCGCCGGUGCAACGGUAAGCACGCGGGAUGACGCGGGCCGCACACCACUCUUUUGUAUUGAUCGGAUAUCUGAGUCCACCAUUGAUGUAGUUACACCACUGCUCAGGGCGGGCGCGUCGCUGGAUAUUACGCACCGACAUAGAGGGCCUCGGUCUUUCGAAGAGCACCUGAGAUCUCACCUGAAUAGCAUUGACGGGGCCUAUGCUGGAGACGUCAGAAAUCUCGUCGCGAGCGUGCGCGCGGCCGGCAGCUGGAAAACCCAUUGCAGAUUGGCUCACAAAGAAGUCUUGCGGCUCCGCUCCCUCGUCGCGCGAGGUCGCGUCAAGCUUCCUCGCACGCGACGCCCGCGCGGCCGCGACGCACGGCAGGCGCGCGCCCUCGAGUUCGUCGUCCGCCAGGGGGACAACGGCAUCGUCUGGAACAUCCUUAGCUUCUGGCGCGAGACGGCCUAA